GCUACGCACAUUAUUCUCAAUGAAAGACUUGGGGCCUCUCCACUAUUUUCUGGGUGUGGAAGUCUCCUAUUCGCAUAAUCUGAUGCAUCUUAGUCAAGCAAAGUAUGCAUUGGAUCUUUUGAAGCGGACCAAUUUUCUUGAUGCCAAGCCUAUUUCAACGCCCGUCUGUGCAGGUCAGAAACUCAGUCUACAUGAGGGUGAUCCACAUCCUGAUCCUUACACUUACAGAAGUGUCGUGGGGGCCUUACAGUAUCUUACGAUCACACGUCCUGAUCUUUCAUAUGCCGUUAAUCAAGUGUGUCAGUUCAUGCAUGCUCCUACUACAACCCACUGGAUGGCUGUGAAACGCAUUUUACGGUAUGUUAAAUCUACCUACGCACAAGGUUUGCUGUACAAACCUGGCAGCAUGCAGCUCAGUGCGUUCUCAGAUGCAGACUACGCAGGAGAUCCUGAUACACGCCAUUCUACGGGAGGUUAUGGUAUAUAUUUGGGUUCGAACCUCAUCUCCUGGAGUUCCAAGAAACAAAAGACGGUCUCCCGAUCAAGCACCGAGGCUGAGUAUAGGCAACUGGCCUAUACAGCAGCAGAGAUUUCUUGGCUACGCUCUUUGUUUCGUGAUUUACAGUUGCCUUUUCUUUGUCCACAACUAUGGUGUGAUAACAUUUCAUCGAUAGCUUUGGCAUCUAAUCCUGUUUUCCAUUCCCGCACCAAACACCUCGAGGUUGACUAUCAUUUCGUACGUGAAAAAGUGGUGCGUGGUGAGCUUCUUGUAAACUUUAUUUGUUCACAAGAUCAAGUGGCUGAUAUAUUCACCAAAGGUUUGUCGUCAUCAAGGUUCAAGACUCUGGUUUCCAAGCUUCCAGUUGUGUCCCGUCCUCUCAGCUUGCGGGGGGAUGUUAGAUCUAGUCCUUCAGUUCAAUCUGCUCCAUCAACUGUACUGCAACAUUCCCUGACAGCAGCACAUGUGGAAUACAAUCUGGACAGCAAGCAUCUGCUCCAUCAACUGCACUGCAACAUUCCCUGACAGCAGCACAUGUGGAAUACAAUAUGGAGA